AUGGGUGCCCGAGGUGGCACUGCCACACUGCUGCUGCUGCUGCUGCUGGCCUGCCAGCCGCUGCCCCUCUGCGCAGGACCCCCAGCCGGAGCCUCUUUCUUCGGAGACAGCUUCGUGGAGAUGCCGCUGGCGGACGCCUCGCGCACGGUGCGGCUCCACCUGCAGCUGUACACCAGCCAGGGGAGCGGGCUGCUCUUCCUGGCUGCUGGCCAGCCCGACCACCUCCUGCUCCAGCUGCGAGCCGGCACCCUGCAGGCCAGGCUGCAGCUGGGCUCAGAGGAGAUGAUGCUGCAGUCCCCAGCAGAGCUGCAGCUCAAUAACCUGGUGGUGCACGAUGUGGAGCUGCUGGUGGAAGACAGCAGGAUGACGCUGACCAUCGACGGCCUCUUCAACAGCUCUGUGGACAUUGCAGGACCCAUACGGGAGCUGGACAUCCAGUACGGCCUCUAUGCUGGCGGGACAGGCAGCCUUUACCUGCCGGACCCUUCCCAGGGCCGGUCCGCCCCCCCCCCCCUGCCGUACCUUGCCGAGGCCAGCUCACCCUUCAGAGGUUGCCUCCACUUAGUGACAUUCAACGGCCUGGAUGUCCUCUCCCCACUGUCCUCUGAUGGCAGCUCCAAGAUCUUCCACCAAGUCCAGGAAGGGUGCAGCACACAGUUCUCUGCGGAGCCUGAGGACCCCUUUGGGUUCCUGGGGCCACACUCCUACAUUGCGUUUCCCACAUGGGAUGCGAGGGAGGAAGCAACCAUCGAAUUUGUGAUAACGACGAGCAUCACCCAGGCACCCCUCAUCUACCAUGCAGGGCUGGGGAAUGACUUCUUCUACCUGGAGAUCUCCAAUGGGCGCCUGAGAGGGUUUGUUGAGAAGGGGAACGGCAUCAUCGUCCUGCACAACAACGUCUUCAUCAGCGAUGAGCAACAGCACUAUGUCAAAGUCUACACGGACAUCCACAAGUUUGAGAUCCUGAUUGAUUACUAUGCCUCAUCCACAUCCAACCGGGGCAUCAACAACUACCUGGACCUUCAGGGAAACCUAUUCAUCGGAGGUAUGAACGAAAAAGCUUUGCAAAGGCUGAGGGAACACCAUCUUGCUUUCAUCUCAGUGUGGACCAUGACCAACAACUCGUUUGUUGGCUGCUUGGAGGACCUGCGGAUAAACCUGCAGAGGAGGAGUCUGCAAGAUGCCGUGAUCACGAAGGACAUCACAUCAGGCUGUGGAAAGCAGGAGCACUACUGGGACUAUGAAGAGGCAUAUGAGCAGGACGAAGCACCCACCUCCCCAACUCCAGAUGUCUGGUCAGGAGCACCAGGCCUGGUGGUGGAACCGUGCCAGCCAGACAACAGCUUCCCGCCCGCCUUCGCCAACAUCAGCAGGCUGCUGCACGUCAGCCCCCUCAUUGUCUCUGAAGGGGGCACGGCCUAUCUGGAGUGGAAACACGCCCAGCCAACGGUAGACUUGAGCCUUGCAAACAUCCGGCAGUCCCAAAUCCUCUUUAGCAUCACCAACGACCCUAGGCACGGCCAGCUGGAGCUGGACAUUCCUGGGUCCAGGAGCAGAAGGAAGUUCACCUUGUUGGACAUUGUGAAUCGUAAAGUCAGAUAUGUCCACGAUGGCUCUGAGGGGCCCAUGGACCAGCUGAUGCUGGAGGUGACAGUGACUGCCCAGCAAGGGGUCCCAGAGUGCUUGCGGCAGGGGCAGAUGUACCUGUUGCCCAUCAUGAUCAGCCCCAUCAAUGAUGCCCCACAGGUGAUCUUUCCCAAUGGGAACCACAUGACAAUCCUAAAGCACACACGGAAACACCUGACCACGGACAUCCUGCAGGUUCUAGAUGAUGACACAUCCUGUGAUGACCUCGAAUUCCAGCUGCAUGGUGGCCAGCAGAUGGAGGAGGGUUAUGUGGAGUAUGACUUUCACCCUGGAGUGCCCAUCGAAGAGUUCUCCUGCAGGGACCUGGAAGCAGGCAACAUAGUCUACGUGCACCAGAGUGGGAUAAACUUACAGCUCACCUUGCAGGUGAGCGACGGCACAAUCCCAAGCCCCAUUGCCACCCUGAGGAUCCUCGCCAUUGACCCUGACAUCCGCCUGCACAACAACACUGGCCUCUCUAUCUCCCAAGGAGGGGCUGCACGCAUUACUACAGCCAACCUGUCAGUGGAGACAAACGCCGUGAAACAACGGGUCACCAUCCUGUAUGUCCUCACAGAGCCCCUAAGGUAUGGUGAGGUUCAGAAGCAAGGGAGUGUGGGAGGGGAAUGGAAAAAAGUCGAGUCCUUCCACCAGCAAGACCUGGAGCAAGGGCGCAUCCAGUAUUUUAGCACAGACCCAGAGCACCUGCUGGAAGACGUUGUGGAGAAGCUGAGAUUCAAAGUCCAGGUGGGGCAGAAGGUCUUGCAGAACAACACCUUUCUCAUAAGGAUUAAAAGAGCCACCAUUAAGAUGAGGACCAUGGUCCCUCUCCAGAUGAAGAACAAGCGACACAGAAAUAUCACCAGUAAGGAGAUGGAGGCAAUGUUGGAAGAUCCAAACUCUGCCCCAGUCCCCUUCCACUACAUGAUAAUCCAGGCUCCCAAAAAGGGAAACCUGGAGCUGCUCGGCAACAGACUGACUGAAGGCUUUGGAUUUACCCAAGCUGACCUGCAAAGAAACCAUCUGAGCUACAGCGUGACCAUCAGGAACUCUCAGCAAGCUGAGGACACCUUCCAGUUUCGCGUCCACGCUGGCGAGCAGCACUCUCCUGUCUAUACCUACACAAUCAGCAUUGGCGGGGACCCUGAUGCACCAGCCCUGACCAACGUCCUCCUGACUGUGCCAGAAGGGGGGCAAGCCAUCAUCUCCAAGGACCACUUGUUUGUACAGAGCAUGAACAGCAUGGACUACCUCUACGAAGUGAUUGAGGGACCAGCACAUGGGAGGCUGGCCUGGGCUGCGUCCCAUGGCUGGGCCUCCAGAGAGGAGAUCACAGAGUUCACCAAUGAUGACAUCCUCCACCACCGGCUGCUGUACCAGCACGAUGACUCCGAGACACUGGAGGAUGACAUCCCUUUCGUAGCAAUCAGGCGGGGCGAGGGCAGCACUGAGCCCGAUGCAGAGGAGGUAAGAGGUGUUUUCAGGGUCUCCAUCCAACCUGUCAAUGACCACACCCCAGUCCAGGUGGUGAACAAGGUCUUCAAUGUGGUGCGCAAUGGACAGCACCUGCUGACAACAGAUGACAUUGCCUUCACCGACAAGGACUCUGGCUUCUCCGACACACAGCUAGUGCUGGCAAGGAAGGACAUUUUGUUUGGCAGCAUCGUGUCCGUUGACGACAGAAAACACCAGGUCUAUCGGUUCACACAGGAUGACUUGAGGAAGAAGAAGAUCCUCUUUGUCCAUUCGGGGGCUGACCGGGGCUGGAUCCAGCUACAGGUCUCAGAUGGCCUCCACCAAACCACGGCCCUCCUGGAAGUACAGGCAUCAGACCCCUACAUCAAAAUAGUCAACAACACUGGUCUAGUCAUCCACCAAGGCAGCCGAGGAAGCAUUGACUCUUCUGUUCUCAACCUGGAGACCAACAUGGACAUCAGGUCAGAUGAAGAGAUAUGGUUCCUGAUAACGACCCCCCCAAGGUGGGGGACUGUGCUGAGAGGGGAGCAGCCAGUCAUGGCCUUCUCCCAGAGGGACCUGCUAGCAGGAGACAUUUCCUACCACCACAAUGGGAGCAGGAACACCCGGGAUGAGCUCCAGUUCACUGUAGAAGCAAAUGAGGUGGCAGUGGAGGACACGCUGGCCAUCAGCGUGUUCUUGGGCACCCAUCCCAGCCCCCUGCACAUAGUCAACCACAAGGAGAUCCACAUCUUCCAGGGGGAAGUAGCUGGGAUCAAGGAGGAGUACUUACUGGUAACCCACGAAGAGAUCCCUCCCCAAGACAUAGUCUACCUGGUGAGCAGCCCCCCAGCCUCCGGCUUCCUGGCAAUGCUUCAGCAUGGCCAAGACUCGAAUGAGCAGCCCAGCCUGGACCCCAUCCAGUCCUUCACCCAGGAGGACAUCAACAACGGCAGAGUCCUCUACCUCCACUCCAAGCCGGAGGAGGAGCGUGACCGGUUUGUUGUGGACAUCACGGCCAGCGGUGCAGACCCACUGGAGGAGGUGGUGGUGAGCCUCAUCGUGCUCCCCAUCGCCGUGCCCCUGAACGUCCGCAACGUCACGGUGCCAGGAGGUGGCUCCAUCACCCUCUCCACAGGCAUUCUCAAUGUCCCCAACGCAUACUUCACAGCUCUCGGCAUGGAGUUCAAGGUGCUCGAGCCCCCCCGGUUUGGCACCCUCCUGAACAGCAAGCGGCCUGAGGACGGCGGGCUGCGCAGCUUCACCUGGAGCGAGGUGGAGAACCAGCAGAUCCAGUACAGGCAGGACGGCCCCCGGGCCCAGGCCGACAGCUUCACCCUCCUGGCCAACGCCUCCGCGAUGGACCGGCAGAGCCAGCCCAGGACCCUCUUCAUCACCAUCCUGCCCCGCAGCUCCAAGGGGCCCCGGCUGAGGGUCAACGCCGGCCUGCAGCUGCGGGAAGGCACCACAGCUGCCAUCAGCCCCCACAUCCUGAGCGCUGAGGAUGAGGACUCCCCAGCAGAGGAGGUGACCUACUCCAUCCAGCCCCCGGCCAACGGGAAGGUUGUGCUGAGGUCUGCGCCUGGUGCUGAGGUCCAGCGGUUCACCCAGGCCCAGAUAAACAACGGCCUCAUCCUCUUCGUGCACCAAGGUAGGGCAGAGCUGAGAUGCUAACCCCAUCAUGCAGCACCCUGGUCCAAACUGUGUCAGGUUAAUGGGGGGCUGCAGCCCCCCUGCUCCCCAUAAAUGCCCAGCUCUGUGCUUUCCGCAGGACCCCUGGAUGGGGGCUUCACCUUCGACCUGUGGGAUGGUGAGAACCUGUCUCCUGGGCACUUCUUCCUUGUCAGGGCCCAGAGAGAGCCCCUCAUCAGCCUGGCCAAGAAGCAGAGCCUCACCGUCUGCCCAGGUGCCCUGCAGCCCAUCACCAGCCAGAACCUGCAAGCAGUGAGCAACAGCCCCACUGGCUCCACCGCUCUGUACUACAGCAUCGAGCAAGCCCCGCGCCUGGGCAGGCUGAGCACCUCCCGGGGGGAGGAAAUCAGGAACUUCACCCAAGCCCAGGUGGAUAGUGGGUUGAUUUUCUACCAGCAUGAGAUGCCAGAGAAGCCCUUCUGGCUCACCCAAGAUGCCAUCCGCUUCCGUGUGGUCGCUCCCACAGCCAUCUCAGACUCCUUCAUCCUCCUCGUGCUGAUCUCCUUCGAGGCCAGGUGUCCCCAGCGCUCAACUCAGUUAUGGAGAAAUGCAGGUCUCCAGCUCGCAAGGGCUCAACAGGAAGAGAUAGACACCUCAAUGCUGGAUGCUUCCAACCUCCUAAGCCAAAUCCCGGUCCCCGAGAGGGCUGCACAUGAUGUUAUCUUCCUGGUGACGGGGCUGCCAGCUCAUGGGCAGCUCUUGGUGGCUGGUGUGCCCCUGCAGCAGUCACGGCCAUUCUUCCUGCAAUCAGACCUGACCACGGGGCGCCUGGCCUAUGCUCAUGGUGGAGACAGUGUCUCUGAUGACCAUUUCAGAUUUAAGGCUUGGCUCUGGCCCCGGCUGCAGCAGUCCAUCCGUCCUCCACAGGAAGGGGUGGUCAUCUCUGAAGCUUUCAAUAUAACAGUGACCAGCAGCAGCAACAAGCCACCGCAGGUGGUGAAGCGGCAAGAAGUGCUGCGGGUCCCACCAGGCUCUGUGGUGAUCUUGUCCCAGGAGUACCUGGAUGUAGCAGACCCAUCGGGGUCUCCAGAGGAGAUGGUGUACAGUGUACUCCAGAGACCUCUUGCUGGCCACCUGGCCAACACACGCAACCCACAGGAGCCCAUCAACCGCUUCACCCAAGCAGAUGUCAAUGCAGGCCACGUGGUGUUUGUUGCCACUGGGAGCCAUGCCCCAGGGUCCUUAGCCCUGAGCCUCUCCGAUGGCCACCACCCACCCACUUUGACCUCACUGGAAAUCGAGGUGCUGCCUGCAGCGAGUACUGCUGCCAGCCCAGUGCUGCUGGAGGUGCCCCAAGACCUGAACAGGGCCUUGGUGUCCCACCAUCACCUCCUAGGAGCCACACAGCUGGGGGCAGGCAAUGCCCUGUACAGGAUCACCAGGGACCCAAGGUUUGGCCAAGUGCAGGUCAACCGAAAGCCAGCGCUGGGCUUCUCACAGAAGCAGCUGGACCGUGGAGAGGUGACGUUCACCUUCACCGACCUCACCUCUCCUGAGGACAGCUUCCAGUUCCUUGCCAUGUCACGGGUAGCCAACAGGACUGGAGUGGUAAACGUGACUGUCCGCGCCUUGGUGAAGGCUCAGCCGGGCAGUGUGUGGCCCAAGGGCACCACGGCCCUCCUGGACACCAGCAUCCUUGAUGCCAGCGAACUGGCCAACCGCACCAAGAGCAUCCCAGUCUUCAAGAUCCACAGGGCGCCCCGUGGCAGCCGUCUUGUGAGGGUCUCCAGGGACACAGGACAACCAACCACACUGAUCAAGACCUUCAGCCAGAGCGAGCUGGAGCAAGGGCUGGUGGGGCUGGAGGUGCUGGACACUGGGGAGACUGACCAGCCCCUGCAGAGUGACAGCUUCGUCUUUAAGCUGGUGGCUGCCGGCGUGCCACCAGCUCUGGCAUCACUGGGGUACAGCAUUGAGCCCUACAAUGCCUCAAAAGCCUACAGCGUCACCCUGCUCACAGCCCCCCUGGCACCCUCGCCGCUGGUGCCCCAGCCCCAGGGCACGGCACGGAGCAGCCCCAAUGCCAGCGAGCUGGGCAUGCCCCCAACUGCCUGGCUGGGCCCCGGUGCUACCACCAGCCCCAGCCCCGUGGAGGGGGGCACCUUCCUUAGCUUCGUCGAGGCCAACAUGUUCAGCAUCAUCAUCCCCAUCUGCCUCAUCUUCCUCCUGCUGGCCCUCAUCCUGCCGCUGCUCUUCUACCUACACAAGCGCAACAAGACAGGGAAGCACCACGUCCAGGGCACCCCCUCCUCCAAGGCCAAGAACGGGGCCGUGCCAGACCAGGAGACCUUCCGGAGGACGGACCCCAACCAAGGCAUCCCCCUAACGACUGUCAAUGCCCUGGAGGACAAGGACAUGGGUCCCCCCCCCCAGGGCACAGGUCCGGGGGCACCGCCGGACCCUGAGCUCCUCCAGUACUGCCGGACUUCCAACCCCCCCUUGAAAAACAACCAGUACUGGGUGUGA